AUGGCGCCGCUACUAGGUGAUUGGACAAGGUCGCAUGCUGGCCAUUCUCCAGCAGACAGUCGAGAUGUGCAUCAGAAAAGUUUACUCUACAUUGAUGCCUAUGAUUCAUUCUCCUACAACGUGGUCGCCAUGCUCGAAGAGGUCCUUGUGGCCCGAGUCACUGUCAUGAUGAUAGAUGCCGAAUGGCCCGACGGCAAUAUGGUGGAAUUUUUGCGGCAUUACGAUGCGGUUGUUCUAGGGCCAGGACCAGGGGAUCCCAAUGUUCCUGAAGAUGUCGGUGUCAUGUCAGAUUUAUGGAAGUUAAGCACUGAGAAUAUGCUUCCUGUCCUGGGCAUCUGUCUGGGGUUUCAGAGCUUGUGCCUUCACCAUGGUGCUUCCAUCGAGCGACUCCCGGAGCCCUUACAUGGACGAGUUCAUCGGAUCACGACCUCACAGAGGGAUAUAUUCGCGAAUGUACAGGACUUAGAGGUCACUCUCUAUCAUUCAUUAUACGCCAAGUUUGAUGACCAGCCAAAGCUCACCCCACGCAAUGGGGUAGCGCCCAUGAAACCGGGCCUCGAUAUCCUAGCAUGGCUAUCCAUCCAACCUAGUGGCUUUUCUACCCCCGCAAUAAGUAUACCAAUGGCUGUGCGGCACAGGGAGAAGCCGUUUUGGGGUGUACAGUUUCACCCAGAAUCUUGCAAGUCUGACCGAGAUGCUUGUAACGAUUUGCUUCGAUCAUGGUGGGAUAUGGCCGCCAACUACAACAAACGACACGGGCGCGAAGGCUAUGGAAGCCUACCUACUGACAUAAUUCGACCUUACAAUGAAGCGACGAGCUUGCCCGACGUUGCCUUCGAAAUGGCUACCUGGAGUUCAUCGUCUACGCAACAUUCUGCGUCACGCUCCUUUGCGAAUUCUCAACUUGACGCUGAGACGAUUUGCGAAUGUCUUAAUGAUCCAGGGUUUCCAACUGUUUUGUUUCAGUCUAAUGGCAGAUACAGUGUUAUAUCUGUACCAAGCCCAGGCAGCUGGCGGCUGGAAUACUAUGCUCAACAACAAUUCUUAUAUAUGGAAAAGGUAUCAGCCUUGGCUCAGUUACACGAUAUAUCCAAGCAAUCAAACAGCAAUGUCGAGACAUAUCUUUCAGUUUCCCAGUUUUGGGACGUUCUGAGAUACUUGAUGGACCUGAAGAAGGUUGACUCUGGAGAUAGCAGAGUGCCAUUCUGGGCAGGAUUUCUUGGAUACUUUUCGUACGAGCUAGGGUUGGCCUGUCUUGCUCACCCGAAACAAGAGAAUCCCAGCGCUCAGAAUAAUUAUCCAUCCCGGGAUAGUACCGCCGUUGAAGAUCCUGCAGAUGUCAGCUUGCUUUGGAUCGACAGGAGCAUCAUAGUUGACAACGAAACGGGCCGAAUUACCAUACAAUCUACUAGGGCGGAGGAUAAUUUACCAGCUGGCUGGUUAGAUUCGACAUCGCAACUCCUCAAUGGCGUUUCUGGCACAAAUGGGUUAUCCGCGACGGAUGCAGAGUUUUUGGAAUCAAUUCUGAAACAGAGUGUUAUAAGGUUCCCAGACGAGGAUGCUUAUCUUGACAAGAUUGAGGCGUGCAAGGAGGAACUAAGGGCUGGAGAGUCUUACGAACUAUGCCUCACUGGCGAGACCUCCAUCACCCUACCCUCGCCAGAUACUGCCAUUGGACGCGCCCAAUUCCCAUGGAAGCUGUACAAACGGCUUCGGAAGUAUAACCCUGCCGCGUUUAGUGCCUUUGCCAGACUCGGAGACGUGAAAAUAGUGAGCAGCAGUCCGGAGUGCUUCCUAAACUGGGACAGACAAUCUACACUUGAAAUGAAACCCAUGAAGGGGACCGUGAAAAAGUCUCGCAGCAUGACUCUGGAAAGGGCUCGUGAGAUUCUAGGGUCAACGAAAGAAAUGGCCGAGAACCUCAUGAUUGCGGAUCUUAUACGGCAUGACCUCUACGGUAUCUGUGGUGCGAAUGGUGUGCGGGUGGAGAAGCUGCUUGAAGUGGAGGACCACGGACGAGUCUACCAAAUGAUCACCCACGUCAAAGGGCAUAUUGACCCGUGUCGGCCUGGAUAUGCCGCAAAGAAUAUGCCACGGCUACACUCCUCGAAUAUGUCCGGGUAUGGUCUUACAGCAUUACAGCGUUGUCUACCACCUGGAUCGAUGACCGGUGCGCCGAAAGAACGAUCUUGCAUGCACCUUUCAUCAAUCGAAGGCAGAAAGCGCGGGAUCUACUCGGGAGUAAUGGGCUUUCUAGACCUCGGAGGCGGCGGGAGCUUCUCAGUCCUGAUCCGUACGGCCUUUACCUCCUCCAGCGACAACGAUGAUGCUCAAAAAUGGCGCAUCGGUGCUGGAGGUGCGGUGACUAUAUUAAGCAGCGCCGAGGGUGAGUGGGAUGAGAUGCUCACCAAGUUACGAACGGUCUGUGGCAUUUUCACGCCGUCAGACAAGACAUGA